CAGAGCCCAGGAACACAUCCACGCACAUCCACACACACACGCAGGCAAGCCGAGCUCCUCUCCGACAGAGGAGAGAGCGCACGGAGGGAUAAACACAGGGAGACCGGAGGAACGCGGCGGCAGGCGGCUCUCGCGUGUCUGUUUUGUGUGUGUGUGUGUGUGUGUGUGUGUGUGUGGUGGCGCGCGCGCGCGCUCGCUCGCUCGCUCGGUGCUCGAGACGACUAGCGGGGCGGAACAUGGAGCGGCUCGGGAAAAACGCUGGGAAGUGACCUCGAACCGAGGAGAAGAUUGGGGGAAGACGAAGCGAACGGAGAGAGCGAGAAGACGGACGGACUGACAGACGGACAGCUCGGACGGAGAGGAGGAGGGGAAGAAAAGAAAGAGAGAGAGAGGGAGAAGUCUGACAGAGGAGGAAGAAGAGUGGGGAAGGGGUUCACCUGGAACUCGCGAGGAUUUUAAGGAGUGAGCCCUGGGCUGGAUGGGACCCACCAUGCCCCCCAGUAAGAAGGCCCAGAGCCCCAGCAGCGGGGCCAGCGCUUCGCAGGGCAUGAGCCCGCCCUACCGGCAGGGCGACCCCGCCACGGCGGCGUCCGAGGCCGAGGCGGCCGACCUCUCGCUCUCCCUGUCCGCCUCCUUCUCCAAAGCCGAGGACGAGGAGCUCACCAGCCUCUCCUGGCUCCACGAGAGCACCGACCUCCUCAACAGCUUCAGCCACUCCGGGCUGCGUAGCGUCUCCCCUCUGCAGGAUCCCGACAGUCAGCAUCCACGCUCGCCUUCCUCCUCAUCGCCGUCCCCGGACGACGCGUUGCUCGGCGACGCGCACUCGGCGUACGACCUGGCGACGGGGGCCAACCGGAAACCGCCAUACUCCUUCAGCUGCCUGAUCUUCAUGGCCAUUGAGGACGCGCCCAACAAGCGGCUGCCGGUGAAGGACAUCUACGGCUGGAUUCUGGAGCACUUCCCUUACUUUGCGAACGCUCCGACGGGCUGGAAGAACUCGGUGCGGCACAAUCUGUCGCUCAACAAGUGUUUCAAGAAGGUGGACAAAGAUCGCAGUCAGAGCAUAGGCAAAGGCUCCCUGUGGUCCAUAGAUCCGGAGUACAGGCACAAUCUGAUCCAGGCGCUGAAGAAAACGCCGUAUCAUCCUUAUUCGCCCAGUUUGGCCACACCGUCCACCUCCCCACCCAGCCUGCCUCAGACAUUUCACCACAGUCCUCCACUGUGGUCGGGGAGCCCCCUCUUCAGAAAGAAUGGAGGAGUUCUUCUACAAGUUCCCCGAGGCGUGAUCCAAAACGGCGCUCGCGUCAGGAGCCAGGCCCUCUUCCCUGUCAUCAGACCCCUUCCCGUAAGCCCCGUGGGGAGCAGAACCUCGGCUAUAAGAUCAUCCCUGGGAGAUUUCCUUAGCCUUGGAAAGGACAGCCCGUCCCGCUACUCCCCCAGCCCCUGCGGCGAGGACCUCCAGGACGACCACACCUACAGCACCGCCAAGUCCCCCGGCAGCCUGUCCCCCUCCGAGAUCACCAACCCUUCCUCCGCGCUAGAAGACGACGACAUCAUCGCCGUGGAGAUCCAGUCAGACGUCAAGCCGGAGCCCCGAGAGAUCCCGCUGGACUCUCACAUAGCCACGGCCGCUGCCGCCUACGUUUCCCAGCAGCCCCCGCGCGGACAAAGACGCAGCUCGGCGGCCGGAGCCGGGACUCUGCCGGGCAGCAGCCUGCCCUGGACCAAAAGCCGAGCGAGGGGCAUUAGCGACACGCUGCCGCUGAAGAAGCGGCGCGCGCCGGAGAAGCCGCCGGAGAGCGACGACGAGGAGAUGAAGGAGGCGGCGGGGUCGCUGCUCCACCUGGCCGGCGUCAGAGCCUGCCUCAACAAUAUCACAAACCGCGCCGCCAAGGGCCAGAAGGAGCAGAAAGAGACCCUAAGAAACUAAAAAAAUAACAAAAAACAUACUCAUUCAGACACCUCCGAGCACGCACACCCAACACGCACCCCACACACACACACACACACACACACACACACGAGUACACAAAUAGGUCAACAGGUAACGUUACUACAGCAUUAGUCUCGACAGACACUCGUCAUCUCCCUCUAUCUAUCUGCAGGGCAUUAGGUGAAUCCUACUUAUUUGUGGCAAUAUCAAAAAUCAAUGUUUUCCUACAUGUUCAGCAACACUAACAUCAAUGGGUAUCUCUCAUGUGUCUAUGUUGGGUUUUUUGUUGUCGUUUUAAAAAGGGGAUGAAAGCCAUAAAAAAAAGCAUGUUUUGUCACUAAUUCGGGGCGAGCAGAGGAAGUACGCCGCGCAGCGAGCGCAGGAUGGCUGUUUGUCCUUUCCUGGUUUCGGUUCUUUUGUUUUGGGUUUUGUUUUGUUUUUCCCAUAUUGAAUCUGUAGCAAUCUCUCAGCGAUGCCAGCUAACGCGGCGGAGACCCGCCUCUUCGGGCGGCCUGGGGGGGCGGGUGGGGCGGGGGGCAUCGCUCUCUUACACCCACGAGCACAAACGUGAGACUGUGCCAAAGAUACGCGACCAGGUUGCUUCAUGUAGCCGAUGCGACAGCCGACGGAGAAGAAGGAAAAAAAAAAAAAGAAACGGAGAAGGCAUCGUAAAGAGAGGAGUGACCUCAAGUGUCAAAGUAAAACCCAAUGUGAUGUAUAUUCAAUGCACUUAAAAUUAUUUUAUGCCACUGACAUGGAGAAAAAAAAACCUGGUUUAUUUCGAGAGCACUCAUAGUAUUUAAGGAUAAAAUAUCUUGAAAUAAAAUAAAAAAAUAGAAAAAAAAAAAGAAGUCAUGAUUAUCACAAUAGAGACAGAUAGCAAGCCGGGUCUGAGGCAAUAUCUCCUUCAUUUUGUUGUUCUUGUUGCAUCACGUAGACGUCGUCAGCACCUCCGUUCAGAGAUCAUAGCUAUACCCAGUAGCUGCCACAACUUCCUGUCCAGCCGACAACGCCAACUUUCCACGUCCGACCCGCUGGGCUCGGCCCUCUCCUGUCCGUCGUGUCCCCCGUCUCCAAACCCCCUCACUCUACCUUCAUAAAGAUAUAAGCAAUUUGUCCCGCGCGGGCAACUCUGUACAAAGGUUAGAAAAUAUUUUAUUUUUUUUCUCCCUUUUUCUUAAUUGAAGCAAUUUGACCUGCAGGACUUUCUCAGUUAUAUUGCAUGGGUGCUUGUAAAUAAGAUGAGAAGCAAAAUCUUUUUUAUUCAAAGAUUCAUGUAAGAUAAACGAUGUAUUUAGCAUGAAGCAUGACUUAUUUUCAUAUAAACCUUGAUCCUAGAGGAAAGGAAAAAAAAAAGAUUUUUUUUUUCUGCCAAUUCUUAUACCUGUGAUUAUGGAGGUUCUUUUUGUUUUGUUUUAUCAGGGUUUUUUGUUGUUGUUUUAUUCUUCGGAGUGGGCUUGUCUUCAGGCAGGAACGUAGAUUAGAGACCUCCACCCCCGUAGAGGGGCGGGUGGUGAAACCUCUAGGCUUCGGAUGUCAGGGCCAGCAGAAGCGCCUCUUUUGAGGGGUGGCGGGAUGGGGGGGUGUAGGGUGGGCUUCCGUCUACUUCUGCCUGUCGGUCUUAUUUCUUUUCAGCGUUUUAGUUUUUGAUUUGUCGGAGUGGGCUUUUCAACGACACGUCUACAGGCAGGAACAAUUAGAAAAUCCCCUUUGCACCCCCUUCCCCAAGGGUGCCACCUCUUUAUGGGGAGGGUGGGCUUCUGUCUUCCUCUACCUGACUGUCUUUCUGUUUUUGUUUGUGAUUUUUUUUCUUUUAUUGUAGGUUUUUCUUGUUGGUGUUCAGUGUUAUCCCCACAUUCCUUCCCACCCCCGGUGUGUCACUACAGAUCUCGUCUGUGGAGUGUGUGAGCCAGUGUGUCCGAGAACACACACACCCUUUAACGUUGUGCCUGCCUGCCGUCAGUCGCUCUAUUUACACAACAGAGCGCCACCUAUAUUUAUUUAUAACAGUAUUGUUUUGGUUUUAUUUUUUGUUAAAGGGGGGAAGAUUUUUUUUCUCUUUUCUGGCGUGUUGAUGUACAUGUGUCCUUACUUUCCAUUGACAUUGUUCAGUGUAAAUGUAUGAAUCAGUUGGGCAUGGAAAACUCUGUAGGUGUCCUGAAUAAAUCCCAUAUUCCUCCCUCCCCCCCUUCAAAAUGGAAAAAAAUGUUUACCUUAUAGGAAACGAAGAGGAAGAAAUUUUGUUUUCUAAAUUAAAUACAGUAUUUUAAAUUCUUUAAUUUAAGAAGAGGUUUGCUGCCAUUUUAGAGGACAAAAAACACAGUAGGAAACUUUUGAGGGCAUAUAUUAUUAUUAUUAUUAUUAUCAUUAUUUUCUUAACGUUUUUCUGACCAAAAUCAAGAAGGGUGUAAAGAUUCUGCAAAGCGACGACGCAGCCAAACGUUCCCGAAGAGCGACGCCAAACACAGGCAUCAGUACGAAACACAAAGGCACCAAAGACGAGUGUUGUGAUUGCAAAGUGUCCAGCUAGAGGUCAUAAUGUGAAAAAUUGUAUGAUUAACCCCUUAAGGCCUAAGUUUCAAAUGUCCGCCUGGAUAUUUUUGCUUAUUUAAAUUGUAUUUUAAUUGUUCUUUAAAUGUCCUGUGAGUAAACAUAUUUGCCCGUUUAUCCGUGACGACUGGAACUUUCCAUAUCUAGCGAGUUAUUUGUGCAAUUUACCAUCUAGUAAAAGAUGCAACCGCAGGGAGUGAAAUUACCGUAAUAUCCCAAUAUCGGCCGGAAAGCGCAACGUCUCCCCCUUCAGAAACGGUUGGAAUUUUUCAGAUAGUUUGAAGGAAUUACGGUACUGCACAUUUGGAUGGAUCGUAGGCACUACAUUUGGUCUGGAAGGGUUAAUCAUACAGUGAGGAGGAGGAAGUCGGGAGAAAUGUCGUCCGAGAGCUGGAGCUCAGAGACCUAACAAACCGGCACCCCAGGGCAGGAGUUAAAAGCUAUUUCAAGAUUGGUGGGCCUGUAAUUCACUACAAUUGUGACAAAAAUACUAGCAGUAAUUCCGAUUCAGAUUUCUCCUCUAGUUCUGACUGGUGUUGUUAAUCUGAUGUCCUUAGAUUAGCUAACUUUAUGUUACCAAACCAUGCACGCAUUCAAUACCUGUUUAUGUUAGAGUUCAAUUUCACAACAGUGGCGUAGCUGUAGAAAUUGGGAUUCUGUGGAUGACUUUUGUUGCAAAAUUAAAAUUCUCUAAAGGCCUUUUUGCACCGCGUGGGUCGACCCGGAUUCACGCCUGGGUUUGACAUCCUGGCCAGUAAAAUUUGAAGUCAGCCGAACCAGAGAGGUCUGAAGUUUGUCCCUUAAACCAACAUGCUGUUUCACUCUCAAACAGAACUUUAAGGUAACAAAUCUUCAUAUACGACCAAACUGCAGUUACAGUUAAUUUCUCUUCUCCAAUUGGCUCCGACACGGAGAAACAGCUGAAGCUAUUUAGCGUUUUUGUACCAACAUAACAGAAAAGUGUUGUAGACGGCAGCGUUUUCCUUUCUGACACACUUUAUUCUCACAAACAGCAAGCUACUGUUGAGUCUGCAUGAACUGUAUUUUAUCACCUCCAUUCAAUUUUGGGGUCGUUCCUUCCCCUAAGUCAAAAGAGAUUAAAAAAAAAUUCCAAGUGUUUCCAACAUAGGAACUUUUUCAAUUGUUUGUCUCCAACAUGCGGCGACACACGCACUCGACAAUGAGGCCCAUCAGACACCGUAUGUGGCGCUUCCUGUUUUUAGAUAAUUGUACCUUACUGUCAAAAGAGUGAAUUGGAUUUAUCUGUUUAAAACACAAAAUGUUGAAAGUGUGCCUUUCUGUUGUUUUCCUAAACAGUCUGCUUUGUUUCUUUUAUGAGAAAUGAUGUGAAACAUUAAAGAAGAGCGCGUCAAAGUGCUAAUUUUCUGCCAGCCUGGGUUGUUUAGAGUAGCAGAGAAGGAAGAGGUGUGCGUGUUCGUUUUUUUUUUGUUGUUGUUGUUGGUAAGCUGACUAGACACUGAGCGGCUGUGAGCAGGUCGAGCCGGAAAAACAAAUGCAUGUCCCGUUCACCGGUAUGCUCCUUUUGCCACCUGUAGCAUGCAUCGCUGACUUUCCAUUCCGUGCAUACGGGGAAAAAAAAAAAAAGGCCAAGAGGAGACGCAGUCGGAGCGUCUGGCUGUGUGCCAUCCGUCUCGUUUCUGUCUGAGCGUUCCCGCCGGCCCGGGUCGACGAUCACUGGGCUGCGUUCGACGUAACAACCCCUCCCACACACACCCACACACACACUCUUAAAAAGCAAAAUAAAAAAGAGUCGGUUUUUUAACGAAGGCUCGUUUUGUUUUUUUUAGUGCGACUCCCCUUGUAUUUUGUCGUGAAGAUAAAAUCCGGCUUUUAACGUCCGAGAAAAACCUCAAAUGAAUUUCUUUCCACUGCCUGAGAAAGCGAUCAAGAUUAGUGAUUUUAAUUUUUCGCCCCUGCUGAACAGAACCCACUCAUAAACAAAUAAAAGGUUUUUGCCAACUUUUUUGUUUGCUUUUUCUAGUUUUUAAUCCCAUUUUUAAAUUAUUAUUAUUGUUCUUAUUUCUCUCGUUCGAAAUUCCUUAAAAUACUGCCAUUGUUUCUGCAGAGCUGAAUCUUGGAAAGCCAUAGGUUCGAGAUGUCAAAGGUCAAAGCCGUCGAUGACUUGCGAGAUUUGAUUCGGAGUGCACCCGGGUGUUGGUUCCUACUUUUAGUUUUUUGAUUGGUUUGGUUUUAUCUCAGUAAGUGUUCGGUUCUCUCCUUAUUGUGCAAUCAUGUUGCCAAAGAAUGAUUUCAAGACCUACUUCAUCACUACAUGUAAAUAUCAACGUUGUCCAAUGCCGUGGCAAAAAAUAUAUAAAUGUCGUUUUUCUUUUCUUUGUUGUUUUGUUUUCCAUUUUCUGAGAAACUACGAUGAUGUUUAUGUGAUGUAUUGUCUUCCAGUUGGUUGCAAUAAUAAAAAAAAUACAAGUUGCAGAGAA